AUGACCACCUCAAACAAUCCCAUAACCCAACGCUUCCAAUACGACCCCCAGAAAAUCGAACACAUAUCCACCCGCCCCCAAAAGCCCAUCGAGAUCGUCGACCCCAACCCCACCUGGCCGGCCACCUUCACGCAAGUCUCCCAACGUAUCCGCUCCGCCCUAGAACCAGAAGAAGCUAAAGACUCUGACCCCUUCCUCCUAUCCAUCGAACACGUCGGGUCAACCAGCGUCCCAGGCCUCCCUGCCAAGGACAUCAUCGAUAUCGACCUCCUUGUGGUGGACCCCGCCGCCGAGCACCGCUACAUCCCCGCGCUGGAGGCCGCGGGGUUCCAGUUCCUGCUUCGCGAGGAGGAAUGGCAUCGGCAUCGUUUCCUUGGGCUUGAAACCCCCUACGUGAAUUUGCAUGUGUUUGGGCCUGAGAGUCUCGAGGCGAUCAGGCAUCGGCUGUUUCGGGAUUGGUUGAGGACGCAUCCAGAGGAUCGGGAUCGGUAUGCGAGUGUGAAGAGGGAAGCGGCUACGGAGAGUCGGAAGAUGGGGGAGACGACUAUGCAGUAUACGGAUCGGAAGGACACAGUGAUACAGGAGAUAUUGAGGAAAGUGUAUGAGGCGAAUGGUAUGUUGGAGUAA